AAAAGCCAUUAGGAAGAGCCAAAUCCAAGUCUGAAUCAAUCGCCAUGGCCAGACCCUAAGCUAAAGAAAUGAGCCCAACGCUCCAGGCUCCAGCCAUAGAUAGACAUCACGAACUGAAGCGUUUUUAGAAAUUCAAUUUCAAUUGCAAUUGCAAUGAAUUAGAGAGAGAAUUACAAGUACGAUCCUCGGCGGGGAUGCAUGCCUUCUGCGUUUUUUUGCCCCCAAAUUCAUCCGUUUCAUAUACUCUAACUUCUUCCUGCUAAACCUUUUCCUCAGCUCUCAACUACGCUGAAUUAGGGCGUUCCUUUUCCAAUUCCGAGUUCAGGGUCUGUUUUCUUUUUUAUCUAUUGGGUUUUUCGCGGUUUUUCAUUUGGUGAUCUGGGGUCUGAGGCCAUAGAGAUGGAGGAAGCUCGGUUGUGCCAGUGGACUACCAUUAGAUCUCUCUUUGCAAUUCUUCAAUGGUGGGGUUUCAAUGUCACCGUCAUUAUCAUGAACAAGUGGAUCUUUCAGAAAUUGGAUUUUAAAUUCCCUUUAACGGUUUCUUGUAUUCACUUCAUUUGCUCUGCUAUUGGAGCGUAUAUGGCGAUUAAAGUAUUGAAAGUUAAACCGCUGAUUUCUGUUGAUCCUGAAGAUCGGUGGAGAAGGAUAUUCCCCAUGUCAUUUGUGUUUUGUAUUAACAUAGUGUUGGGAAAUGUCAGCUUGCGUUAUAUUCCGGUUUCUUUUAUGCAGACAAUAAAGUCUUUCACUCCUGCAACAACAGUUGUUUUACAAUGGCUUGUAUGGAGAAAGUACUUUGACUGGAGAAUAUGGGCAUCUUUGAUACCCAUCGUUGGAGGAAUUCUUCUUACUUCUGUGACCGAGAUGAGCUUUAACAUGCUUGGGUUUUGUGCUGCCUUAUUUGGUUGUUUGGCUACCUCUACAAAGACCAUCCUUGCCGAAUCCUUAUUGCAUGGAUACAAGUUCGACAGCAUAAAUACAGUGUAUUACAUGGCGCCUUUUGCAACCAUGAUCUUGGCUGUACCUGCUAUGCUCCUUGAAGGUAACGGGGUUCUUGAUUGGCUUCACACGCACCAGUCUAUUUGCUCGUCACUCAUCAUCAUUUUCAGCUCUGGGGUGAUGGCUUUCUGUCUUAACUUCUCCAUAUUUUAUGUGAUUCAUUCCACCACUGCCGUGACGUUCAAUGUUGCUGGAAACCUUAAGGUAGCUGUUGCUGUCCUUGUUUCAUGGUUGAUAUUCCGAAACCCAAUUUCAAUGCUAAAUGCAGUUGGAUGUGCGAUUACACUUUUGGGUUGUACAUUCUACGGUUAUGUAAGACAUCUUAUCUCACAGCAGCCACCCGGAACCCCUCGAACUCCUAGAACACCUCGGACCCCUCGGAGUCGGAUGGAGUUGCUCCCCCUUGUAAAUGACAAAUUAGAUGAUAAGAUCUAAUUGGUUGCAUUGCGGUUGAUGUGUUCUUGGUAGUUGGCACACCAAUAGUAGAAAAAGGAAAGUACAAAAGAAUACAAAAGCAUAAUACUCGGGGCUUGUUUGUUCUGUCCACUUGCUUUAGGCGAUUUCAAUUUUUCUUCUUCAUAAUGCUAUCUUUUUAUCUCCCCACCACAUAUUUUGUUGUUUGUAGAUUUAGCAUAUCAAUGAGAGACUGAUAUCACCUUUUCUUUUACUAGUUAUCUCAUGUCUCUGAUUAAAGAGGCAAUCA